AUGUGCAAAAUUAUUCGACCAGACAUAGAUAUCUCACAGAUCACCACAUAGCAACUUAAAAAUUCAGUUGGCAAAUAACCGUGACUGCAAAAUGAACUGGCUUAUAAUUUUUCUGUCUGCUGUUACAUUGGCACAGGCCAGAAUUGUUUAUAUUGAUCCACCAAGAACAAGCUAUCCAGUAUAUUUUGAUGAAGAUAGAGCUGAACAGGCUUCCAAAGAUUUGGAUAUGACUUUUUCAGCUGGUGAAGCAAAUGAAGAAGAUAUUAUUUAUCCAGUUAAAAAGACAAAUUAUGUGCCUGAACAAAUAAUUUAUCGUGGUGCAAAACGUCCAGUGUAUUAUCAAGCAAAUGAAUCGCCGAAUCAAAAAAUAAUUUAUCGUGAUCCAUAUGUUACUUCAGAACCUGCAGGCAAAUUUUUACAUUUUAAUCCGUCAAACAAAGGCGAGGUUGUACUUGAACUUCGUGUCAUUGCCAACAACAAUAAUGUUUAAUAUCUUUUAUUAAUCAAUAACAUGAUGAUCGAUAAGAAAAAAAAAAAAACAGAUAUAUACCCUUAUAAAAAUGUAUCGAAUUAUUAAUAUGUAUAAAAAGAAACUUAUCAUUAAAUUACACUGAUAAAACUAACAUUACAAAAA